GCCGUUCAUGGUACAGACCGAAGUUAAAGCGGUUUAACUUCCUUAUAAUUUACUGUUCCGUACAUGGCGUACUUUUUCCAGACUAUUAUCCAGGACCUGUCCAGGUGGGUCACCGCUGACCAGCAACUCGAACGCUUGGAAAGCCAAACCAUAAGUUUAUGUCAAAAACCGACCGGAAAACUUGUUCCUAAAAGGUGUUUUUAUUCCGAUCAUGGCUUACGUCACAAGAGCAAGAACGAAAAUAUCUCAUUCUCUUCUUCAUGGUUCCGCUGGUCGUAGUGUUCUGUCAAAGAAAGGACAAGAGCUAAGAACUCUUCCAUCAUUGAGCACUUUGUCGUCCAGUGUCAACAGUCACGCUGCAAAAGAGACUAUCAAGACAAUAUCAGAUAUCCCAGGACCUAUCAGCCUUCCCAUCAUAGGAACAGCUUGGACAUUCUUCGUUGGGACGAAAGGCGAGUCCCUCGGAAAGCGAGUUUUGAAAGUGCAAGGGGAACACGCCAACAAAUAUGGUAGAAUAUUCCGAUCGCAAAUACCCGGGGUUACCAUUAUUUCUCUCUCAGAUCCCGCAGAUGUAGCGAAAGUUUUGCGAUCCGAGCCAAAAUACCCUCAACGACUUCAGUUCCCCGUUCUCGACUAUUACCGUGAAAAACGACAAAAGAUCCCUGGCGUUUUCUUUGCAGAUGGCCCCGAGUGGUACAAGCAUCGAAGUGUGCUAAGUAAGCGAAUGCUUCGACCCAAAGAGGUAGCUGACUACACUUCUGGCUUCAACGAAAUUAUAACAGAUUUUAUUCACAGAUUGCGAACCGUUCGAGAAACAAGCGGCUCAGAGAAAGAAAACGAAGUCUGUGAACUCGACAACGAGCUCUUCAAAUGGUCCUUUGAGUCUGUCGCAGAGAUGUUGUUCGACAAAAGGUUUGGUUGUCUUGAGCCCGAAGUAAACAAAGAAGCACAGACCUUUAUAAAAGCUGUCGGAGAUUUUCUGCACAAUGUAAUGGGGAUAGGCUUCCUGCCGACCUGGUUCUACAAGAUUUACGAAACCCAGCAGUUUAAAACAUUUUUUUCAAGUUUUGACACGAUGUACGAAUACGCUGAAUUGUUUAUUGAGAGAAGAAUUAACGAGCUUGAAGAACAACAAAGGAACCAGUCACGCGAUUCAUCCGGGCCUUCUGAGAGUGACAAAGCGGGUUUCUUUGAGUUUCUCCUGUCAAGUGGAAAGCUGACUAAAGAUGAUUUACUCGCAAGCGUGAUUGAUGUUCUGUUUGCUGGAGUUGAUACAACUUCCAACACGAUGCAGUGGGUGUUGUACAUGAUGGCGAAAAAUCCUGACAAGCAAGACCUCCUGCGACAAGAAGUAUUAUCAGUGCUUGGGGAUACAACAUUGGCGACACCGACGACUCUGGCGCAAAUGCCUUACCUGAAAGCCUGGGUACGGGAAACGCUGCGGCUUUAUCCAGUCCUUUGUGCUAUUCCUCGAAGGCCCGCUGAAGAUAUCAUUUUAAGUGGAUACCUCAUUCCUGGGGGUGUGGCACAAGUUGAGUUUCUUACUCAUGUCAUGGGCCGAGAUGAGAAACUUUUCGAAGAUGCUGAAGCAUUUAGACCAGAAAGAUGGCUGCGAAAGAAAGAAGAAAUUCCAACCGACGCUGUGGAAGCUUUCUCUUCUAUUCCGUUUGGAUUUGGAACCCGAAUGUGUAUUGGCCGUCGUAUCGCUGAGUUGGAGCUUCACCUUUUAUUGGCCAGAAUCGUGCAACAAUUUGAGAUUUCUUAUCCUUCUGAUGCGGAGAAUGUUGAGCCAUUUGUUCGAGGGGUUACGAUUCCUGACAGAGCUGUGAGAGCGAAGUUUGUAGACAGACAAUAAAGAACUGAACAGAAUUGAAGUAGAAGGCAUUUAAAAAGUGGAACUAGUAACAUGUUCGUCUCAUUUCGGACAAGUAAACCUUAAAAUAUCAAAUUAGUAAAUAUAGUAAAACACUAAAAAAGGUGACUCCAAAGUAAGAGAAUUCAAAGAUAUUUAGAAUGGAAUAUAAUGUAUCGAAUUCCGAAAUAUAGGAACAUGCAUGUACCAAAUCAGGGCCGUGCAUAU